GAGGGGGAGGGGCUGAGGGCACUGUGAGCUCUAAGCAGGUUGUGCUGCAGCCACUCCCAGGGCAGCUGUGGUGCUGUCUCCUGCCCUGUGCUCCUGCUGACAACAGGGAGCGAGGUCCACAGGGCAGGGCACUCCCUGCCCAGGCUGCUUCUGCAAGCUUUCACUGUAGAUGGUGGAAGGAGACACAGGGGCUGGCUCUUCUGGCUGGGAGGUCCUGGUGGGCCCCAGGGCCAGGGCCUCUGCAGAGGCUGCUGCACUGUGCCAGCUCUGCUGCUCCUCUGGUCUCCUGGGUGCCCACAGCCUCCUGGAUGUCAGGUCUCCUGGGCCCCAGCAAGGACCUGGAAGCAGGGGUUGUGCGCUGAGAUUUGCAGUCUGCUGGGGUCUCUGUGGCUCUGAAGUUUCUGGAGCUGCUGAAUGUUAGACCCUGCAGGAAGUCACAGCUUUCACAGCUGGGAGGAAGGAGGAGCAGGGACACCCAGGUCACCACUGGGGGUUAAAGAGCUGCAGGCAAGCAGGAGGUGGUCGUCCUUCAGGUUCUGAGGACAUGGAGCACGGCUGCCGCCCCUCUCUGCUCUGCAGUCUCCCCUCCCUGCUUCUCCUCGCCCAGCUGCCCACGUGGGGCUCUGCAGAUGAGUUCCAGGUGAUUGCCUCCACAGUUCCCAUUGUGGCCAUGUUGGGUGGUGAUGCCGUUAUGCCCUGCUACCUGUUCCCACCAAUGAACGCAGAGGACAUGGAGCUGCGGUGGUUUCGCACCAAGUUCUCAGAUGCGGUGUUUGUGUAUCGGAACCACCGGGAGCAGCACAAGGAGCAGAUGCCCCAGUACAUAGGGCGGACAUUCCUGGUGAGGGACCUCCUCACCCAGGGGCAGGCUGCCGUGCACAUCCAGAAGGUCCAGGCUUCAGACAACGGGACGUACACCUGCCUCUUCCAGAAGGGAGGCCGCUACGCAGAGGGCAUUCUAGCACUGAAGGUGGCAGGCCUGGGCUCUGCCCCUCAAGUGCACAUUGAAGGGCUGGAGCAGGACGGGGUCCGCGUGGUGUGCAAGGCCUCAGGCUGGUUCCCGAAGCCCCAGGUGCAGUGGACAGACCUCAGCGGGAAGAAGUUCCUGGAGUUCUCUGAGGCCCAUGCCCAGGACGCAGCAGGGCUGUUCAGCGUGGAGGCGGCUCUGGUGGUGAGAGACAGCUCUGCAGGGAGUGUGAGCUGCUCUGUCCUCAAUCCCAUCCUGGGCCAGGAGAAGGCAACGGCUGUGUCCAUCCCAGAGCCCUUCUUCCCACAGGCCUCUCCCUGGAAGGCAGCUUUUGUUGGGAGCCUGACGGUGCUGGGGCUCCUGCUCUUUGGGGCUGGCUGCUUCACCAGGAGAGAGCACUCUGCAAAGGUGCAGGAGAGGGAGAAACACCGGGCUAAGGAGGAGGACCUGAAUGCCAGAGAUGAUCUCCAGGCAGAACUCGGUAGGAGGAAGACAGCUUACCUGGUUGCCUGGAGGAAGGCGCAGCUGUAUGCUGAUUGGCGGAAGGAACGGUUCCAGGCCUGGUCUGUCACUCUGGAUCCAAGCUCUGCCCAUCGUAAUCUUACCGUCUCUCCUGAAAGGAAGAGUGUGAGCUGCCAGGCCGUCCCUGAGAGCUCUGAGGACAUCUACAGUGUGUUGGGCCUUGAGGGCAUCACGUCAGGAAGAUGUUACUGGGAGGUGGAGAUCAGGAGUGAAAGGUUCGGCGACUGGGUUCUGGGGGUCUGUAUGGAGCAUGUGACAAGCACAGGCUGGUGUAGAGAGUCCCCAGAUGAGGGGAUUUGGGUGGUGAGUUCAUUUUACAGUAGCUACCUUGCCUGGACUAAGCCUCAGCAGCUUCUAUCCCUUCAGCAGACUCCCUGCAGGGUGGGGAUUUUUUUGGACUACAGUGAGGGGGACGUCUCCUUCUAUAACAUGACUGAUGGCUCCCACAUUUUCUCCUUCCCCCCAGCUUCUUUCUCUGGGACCCUCUAUCCAUGCUUCAUGCUUCGGGGAGACAUGACCCUGAGCAUCUGCCCCACAGAGCGGGGCUCUGAGGGGCUCCCUGUGCCCCUUAGCAAGUCUCCUUCUUUGGAGGAGGCUGGGAGGCCCCCAGGGGAGGGGCUCAGCUCAGGCUCUGGAGUGGAUGGAGCUCCCCCAGGGGCUGAGUCUCCAUUACUGUCCAGGAGGGCCCAAGAGCUUUCUUGCCUCAUGAUUAUGAGAACUGCUAGCUCAUGCCUGUGUUCAGACAGCAGAAGAUGCAAGUUCACAGCUGUUUGAACUGAUUUAGGAUAGGAUAAUUUUACUAUGAGAAUUUGUUUUUUUUUUUGUCUUCAAAUACUUUUUAUUGAUUUUUUAAAUUAUCUUUGGACAUGGAUUGGAUUGAAGUCUGAAUUACUGUGCCCAAGAAAGCAGAGUUUAAUGAUCCAACUUGAAUGUGAGCAGACGGCCUACAGGUUGAGGAGGGUCCCCAGCUCUGUUCUGGGAGGGUUUGUUCCAUUUGAAUACAGAAGUUGGCCAUCUGAACAUUUCCAUGGAAAUGAGUAACUGAUAGAUUUUUAGGGGAUCAGUAUAUAAUGGUCUCCUUCAUUUAAUUCCUUUCCUGGAUGGAGAAACACACAUGAUUUUCCACACUUCAGUAACUUUCUGUUCCAGUGAACGAACUGCUGUGUUAACUCAGGGAAUCUAAGGGGAGGGCUUGGAGUCCCUUCUGUGUCAACACUGUAGCUGUGGGAAGAAGAGAGCUGCUAGCAGGGUAGCAGUGGAUGCCUGAGCAAGAUGAAGAUGAAGACGAGAAUUUCCUGAUCAAGUUCAACUGCAGACAGCUCUGACCAUGAGCAUGGUUCUAGUUACUCAAUGCAUUGCCUCUUUAUGAUCCAAGUCCAGUUGUCACAGUGAGUGAAAAACCACAGCAAACAAAGUGAAGCAGGACUGUUGAGGACUCAGAUUCUCCCAGCAAGGAGACGUCCAUUCUUCCAGAUAAAAUACUUUGUCGAGGAAGGUGCUCAUGGAGCAGGGUUCCUGAUGCUGCUUGAGACCCCACGUCCCAUGUUUGAAUGCCUGGCUGUGAUCCUGUCCUGGUUCUAUUUCUGAUUCUCACUUCCUGCUAAUGCUCACUCUGGGAGGAAGCAGUGAUGGCUGAAAUAGUUGGAUUCCUGCCACCCAUGUGGGAAUCUGGAUUGAGUUCUUGUCUCUGUCUGCAGCCUUGUCCAUAAACUGUUGUUUGCAUUUGGAGAGGGAAUCAGUGUCUGGAAGAUCUCUGUCUUCAUUUCAAAUAAAAUGAAAAUAAAAAACAAAACUAUCUGAUUGACUAUCAAUUCUGACUGAGGGUGACAGACAUGAAAUGGGAAGUGGAAGAAGGAAGUGGUAGAUAGCACCUCUGGCCUUGUAACCAGUUAUACCAAUAUGGAAGACAGCAACUGCUAUGGUUUCAGUAUUUGUGUUGCCAAGCUCAGUUGGGACUGCAGAGUUAUAAGCUGUAUAUUAAUAGUAGUGAGGGGGUGGAAACUUAAUCAAAUUACUGUGUUAGAGUUGAGGACUUUGUGAAGUGAUUGGAAUGGAGCAGGUUGUUAGGGCAGAGCCCCUGUGAUUGAAUCUUGGUAGAUUUAUGGGAGUGGUAAAGGAACCUCACUGACACAGAGAGACGUGGGCGAUGCUGCCAUAUUGUGCUUUUCCAAGGUGGCCCCUGUGAAAGUCUGCAUUGUGCUCUUGAGACUUUGGCUCCCCAGAGUUGUGAGCCAUAAUAAACUUCUUGUCUUUGUAAAAUUA